AUGGAGGAGACAGCCAAUGCAUGCCUUCAACCAUCGAUGAACCAGAAAGGCCGGCAAGAACUGAUGGCCACUCUGACGGAAGGGCAGUAUGUCUUGUGCCGUUGGACUGACGGGCUCUAUUACCUUGGAAAGAUCAAGAGGGUGAGCGGAUCCAAGCAGAGCUGCCUGGUGACUUUCGAGGACAACUCUAAGUACUGGGUGCUUUGGAAGGACAUCCAGCAUGCUGGGGUUCCGGGCGAAGAACCCAAAUGCAACAUCUGCCUCGGAGGCACAACAGGCCCCCUGAACGACAUCUUGAUCUGUGGGAAGUGUGGACUAGGUUAUCACCAGCAGUGCCAUAUCCCGAGGGUGAGCGGUCGGGAGGACUCCUUGGCGUCUCCUUGGUUCUGCCGGAGAUGCGUCUUUGCCUUAGCCGUGCGGAACGGCGGAGCCCUGAAGAAAGGUGCCAUCGCCCGGACGCUGCAAAGGGUGAAGAUGGUGCUCUCCUAUGACCCGGAGCAGCUGGAAUGGGACUCGCUCCACCGGACCAACCACCAACAGUGUUACUGCUACUGCGGCGGCCCUGGCGAGUGGUACCUGAAGAUGCUGCAAUGUUGCCGCUGCCGGCAGUGGUUCCAUGAAGCCUGCACACAAUGCCUUAGUGACCCAAUGCUGUUCGGAGACCGGUUUUACAUUUUCUAUUGCUCGGUGUGCAACCAGGGCCCAGAAUACAUCAAACGAUUGCCCUUGAGAUGGGUGGACUUAGUGCAUCUCGUGCUCUACAAUUUGGGUGUCCGAAGCAAGAAGAAAUACUUUGACUUCGAGGAAAUCGUGGCCUUUGUCAACCACCACUGGGACCUUUUGCAGCUGGGGAAGGUAAUAAUGGGCAACGGAGGUGUUUGUAUGGAAUGGGAGCAUUUGGAUAUUGGUGGCACUUGGGUUCCCUCUUGCGGCUGUCAUCACAAACUACUCUCAGAAAUCAAUACGAACUGUCAAAUCCCUUUUGAACAGAACCCAACUUUCUGUUAUCACUGUGUCUCUCGUUCCCAGUUGACCGGGACCCCGACGGCGGAGCGAGGCCCCCAUAUUUCAGAUGCACUGAACAGCUACAAAAGCAGAUUUCUGUGCGGAAAGGAAAUCAAGAAGAAGAAGUGCAUCUUCCGCCUGCGUAUCCGCGUGCCCCCCAACCCGCCCAGCAAACUCCUGCCCGAGAAGAUCCCCGGAUCCGUCGACGGCGGAGCAAACGGACCCAAGAAAAGGGGGAGGCUCAAGCGCUCCCACAAAAGCAGUUUGGCACCAUGCGCUCUCCAGCAGGAAAGGAGGAGGAAACGGUCAAAAUUUCUCCUGGAAGAUGCUAUUCCCAGCAGUGAUUUUGCCUCGGCCUGGAGCACAAACCACCACCUGGCCAGCAUCUUUGAUUUCACUUUGGAUGAAAUUCAGAGCCUGAAAAGCGCAAGUUCGAGCCACACUUUCCUUUCCGAUGUGGAUUCCACCGACGCGGUCAGCACUUCGGGAUCGGCGACAACCAGCCUGUCCUAUCAGUCAAGGUGACAGUCGCAUUGAUGAAAAACAACAGGAAAAACUCAGCCGCUAUCAGGACCUCAAGAUUGAACUUCAAAGACUCUGGCAGAAACCAGUGCAGGUGGUCCCGGUGGUGAUGGGCACAUUGGGUGCCGUGCCAAAAGAUCUUAGCCGGCAUUUGGAAACAAUAGGCAUUGACAAAAUUACGAUCUGCCAACUGCAAAAGGCCACCUUACUGGGAUCUGAGCGCAUCAUCCGAAAAUACAUCACACAGUCCUAGACACUUGGGAAGCGUUUGACUUGUGAUUUUGUGAUACGAAAUCCAGCAUAUCUAUCUUGUUUGCUGUGUCAUACAACGUCGUUGUGUCAAUAAUAAUAAUAAUAAUAAUAAUAAUAAUAAUAAUAAUAAUAAUAGUAAUGUCUGAUAUGGCCAAACAAUAAGGUGUCACCAGCCAGAGGCCUAUAAAUAUCUGGGCAUAUUACAGCUGAAAAACAUCAAGCAUGAACAUGUGAAGACUGUGGUCAGUAAAGAAUACACACAAAGGGUCAGAAAAAUUCUCAAACGCAACACCAUCAAGGCCAUAAACACCUGGGCCAUACCUGUCAUAAGAUAUACUGCUGGCAUUAUAAACUGGACACAGAUGGAACUGGACAAUUUGGACAGAAAAACAAGAAAACUCAUGACCAUUCAUCAUUCACUGCACCCUCGCAGUGAUGUUGACCGGCUAUAUCUGCCUAGAAGAUCAGGGGGCAGAGGACUCUUACAAGUCAAACAAGCCGUCAAAGAAGAAGAACAUGCCCUGGCAGAAUAUGGAAAGCAAAGUGAAGAACCUGCUUUGAUUGAAGUCAAAAAUCAGAAACUCCUCAAAGCACAGCAGACAAAAAAAAUCAGUACAAGAAAACCGCACUACAAACUAGAGCUGACAGCUGGCACAACAAAACACUGCAUGGAAAGUUGCUUGACAAAAUUGAAGGAAAAGCUGAAAAGGAGAAGACCUGGCUCUGGCUCACGAAUGGGACCCUGAAGAAGGAGACAGAAGGCCUGAUCCUUGCAGCCCAGGAGCAAGACAUCAGCACAAAGGCAAUUCAGGCCAAGAUCAAAAAAUCAGCUGAUGACCCAAAAUGCAGACUGUGCAAGGAAACCGAUGAAACCAUUGUAAGCUGCUGUAAGAAAAUUGCACAGACAGACUACAAACAGAGGCACAACUAUGUGGCCCAAAUGAUUCAUUGGAACUUAUGCCUCAAGUACCACCUCCCAGCAGCAAAGAACUGGUGGGAUCACAAACCUGCAAAAGUAUUGGGAAAUGAGCACGCAAAGAUACUGUGGGACUUCCGAAUCCAGACUGACAAAGUUCUGGAACACAACACACCAGACAUCACAGUUGUGGAAAAGAAAAAGGUUUGGAUCAUUGAUGUCGCCAUCCCAGGUGACAGUCGCAUUGACGAAAAACAACAGGAAAAACUCAGCCACUCUCAGGACCUCAAGAUUGAACUGCAAAGACUCUGGCAGAAACCAGUGCAGGUGGUCCCGGUGGUGAUGGGCACACUGGGUGCCGUGCCAAAAGAUCUCAGCCGGCAUUUGGAAACAACAGACAUUGACAAAAUUACGAUCUGCCAGCUGCAAAAGGCCACCCGACUGGGAUCUGCACGCAUCAUCUGAAAAUACAUCACACAGUCCUAGACACUUGGGAAGUGUUCGACUUGUGAUUUUGUGAUACGAAAUCCAGCAUAUCUAUCUUGUUUGCUGUGACAUACAAUAAAAUAAUAAUAAUAAUAAUAAUAAUAAUAAUAAUAAUAAUAAUAAUAAUAAUAAUAAUAAUAAUAUCUGGAUGGAAGAAGGGCCUCACCUGAUAUAGUCGGACAACUCCUUGAUUUUGGAUGUCCUCGUUUUGAGCAACUAGCCAUGGAAAGAAAAGAAAAGACGCAGAUUAAAGGCCGCUCCAAGCAAGAUAUACCGUAUAUACUCGAGUAUAAGCUGACCUGAAUAUAAGCCGAGGCACCUAAUUUUACCACCAAAAAAAACUGGGAAAACAUUGACUCCAGUAUAAGCCGAGGGUGGUAAAUUUCAGAAAUAAAAAUAGACACCAAUAAAAUUACAUUAAUUGAGGCAUCAGUGGGUUAAAUGUUUUUAAAUAUUUACAUAAAGCUCAGAUUUAAGAUAAGACUGUCCAACUCUGAUGAAAUCAUGAUUCUCAUCUUCUUCAAUGUAAAUGUGCUUAUGUAUCCUUUUAAUAAGAAUAGAGUAAAAUAAUACAUGUAAAUAAUAAUACUAAAUACAGGAAAAUAAUAGAAGUAAUAAUAAAUAGAGUAAAAUAAUAAAUGCAACAAUAAUAAUAAGAUCAGAGUGAAAUAAUAAAUGUAUUAAUAAUAAUAAUAAAAAUAGAGUAAAAUAAAUGUAAUAGUAGCAACAAUAAUAGAGUACAAUAAUAAAUGUAAUAAUAAUAGAGUAAAAUAAUAAAUGUAAUAAUACCAAUAAUAAUAGAGAAAAAUAAUAAAUGUACCAUAUAUUCUCGAGUAUAAGCUGACCCAAAUAUAAGCCAACCAGGACACUCAGCUGAGUAUAAGCCAAGGGGGGCUUUUUUAGUCCUAAAAAAAGGCUGAAAAACUAGGCUUAUACCUCGAUUCUAUCAUUCCAUGGAGCUUUGACAGCUUAGUUCCCAUUCACUCAAGCUUACCAGGAGUAUUUCUGUCGACUCUUCAAUCUCCCCUUUCCAAACAUACCUAAAACAAAAGCCAUGAAAAAAGGCAUGUUCAACACAAAAAGAAGCAAAACGUCAUUGCCAAUUUAGUUGUUGGGGUCAAAUGGGUUUGACUCACAUGGUCAAAGCCCUCGGGAGUAUGUCCACACUGGCCGCCAAUUGUUUCUCCAUGAUGGCCCUGAAAAGCGGAGAGAGAUCACAUACGGUACAUAAUAAUAAUAAUAAUAAUAAUAAUAAUAAUAAUAAUAAUGAUAAUAAUAAUAAUAAUUGUGCGGUUUUCUGGCAUUGUAUAUUUCUGCACAUUGUAUAAGAUCGAAAAAUCAGCUGAUGACCCAAAAUGCAGACUGUGCAAGGAAGCUGACGAAACCAUUGAUCAUAUCUUCAGCUGCUGUAAGAAAAUUGCACAGACAGACUACAAACAGAGGCACAACUAUGUGGCCCAAAUGAUUCAUUGGAACUUAUGCCUCAAGUACUACCUCCCAGCAGCAAAGAACUGGUGGGAUCACAAACCUGCAAAAGUAUUGGAAAAUGAGCACGCAAAGAUACUGUGGGACUUCCGAAUCCAGACUGACAAAGUUCUGGAACACAACACACCAAACAUCACAGUUGUGGGGGAAAAAAAGGUUUGGAUCAUUGACGUCGCCAUCCCAGGUGACAGUCGCAUUGACGAAAAACAAGAGGAAAAACUCAGCCGCUCUCAGGACCUCAAGAUUGAACUUCAAAGACUCUGGCAGAAACCAGUGCAGGUGGUCCCGGUGGUGAUGGGCACACUGGGUGCAGUGCCAAAAGAUCUUAGCCGACAUUUGGAAACAAUAGACAUUGACAAAAUUACGACCUGCCAACUGCAAAAGGCCACCCUGCUGGGAUCUGUGCGCAUCAUCCGAAAAUACAUCACACAGUCCUAGACACUUGGGAAGUGUUCGACUUGUGAUUUUGUGAUACGAAAUCCAGCAUAUUUAUCUUGUUUGCUGUGUCAUAAUAAAAUAUAAUAAUAAUAAUAAUAAUAAUAAUAAUAAUAAUAAUAAUAAUAAUGUAUUUCAUCUGCAUGUGUCUCUUUGUGCUUUGUAAUUUUGUUGGUACGCUCAGCCUUGUGCUUAAGAGCUGAAUGGCAGUUUGCCAGCUUUAUUGACCCAGGAUGAUGGGAAUUGUAGUCUGCCUGCAUUCAGGCGGCGCUGUGAAUGACAACAAAUGAUGGAUCUGGACCAAACUUGGCACACAAACCCGACAUGACCAACUGAAAACACUGCCAGGGUUUGGGAGAAAUUGACCCAGAAUGAUGGGAGGUGUAGUCCACUUACAUCCAGAGAGCACUGUGAAUCCAACUAACAAUGGAUCUGGAAUAAACUUGGCAUGUAUGCCCAACAGACCCAAUUGAAAAUACUGGAGGCAUUUGCAGGGAAUUGACCCAGGAUGAUGGGAGGUGUAGUGUAGCUACAUCCAGAAAGUACUGUGAAUCCCAUCAACGAUGGGUCUGGGACAAAUUUGUGACACAUACCAAACUUGGCCAAUUGAAAAUACUGGUGGGGUCUGUAGGUAUUGACCCAAAAUGAUGGGAGUUGUAGUUCACUUGCAUCCAGGGAGCACUGUGAAGCCCUCCAAUGAUGGAUCUGGACCAAACCUGGUACACAUACCCAACAUGAUGAACUGAAAAUACUGGUGGGGUUUCAGGAAAUUGACCCAGAAUGAUGGGAGAUGUAGUUCACCCUGCAUUCAGAGAGCAUUGUGAGAGCACAUGCUGUCUCAGGCCAUAGGGAGAAGUGGAUAUUAUUAUUAUUAUUAUUAUUAUUAUUAUUAUUAUUAUUAUUAUUAUUAGUGUACUAUAAUACAAUCGCAAUUAUUUUAAAGCCAAAAUAUUAUUAUUAUUAUUAUUAUUAUUAUUAUUAUUAUUAUUAUUAUUAUUAUGAUUUUAAUGGUGAUGUAUCUUUCUGUCUGGUUUAAACCAUGCUGUACCCCGUCUCGAGCACAGGGAAAUUAUUAUUAUUAUUAUUAUUAUUAUUAUUAUUAUUAUUAUUAUUAUUAUUAUUUUAUUAUGACACGGCAAACAAGAUAGAUAUGCUGGAUUUUGUAUUAUUAGUAUUAUUAUUAUUAUUAUUAUUAUUAUUAUUAUUUUAAUGGUGAUGUAUCUUUCUAUCUGGUUUAAACCAUGCUGUACCCCGUCUCGAGCACAGGGAAAUUAUUAUUAUUAUUAUUAUUAUUAUUUUAUUAUGACACAGCAAACAAGAUAGAUAUGCUGGAUUUUGUAUUAUUAUUAUUAUUAUUAUUAUUAUUAUUAUUAUUUUAAUGGUGAUGUAUCUUUCUAUCUGGUUUAAACCAUGCUGUACCCCGUCUCGAGCACAGGGAAAUUAUUAUUAUUAUUAUUAUUAUUAUUAUUAUUAUUAUUAUUAUUAUUAUUUUAUUAUGACACAGCAAACAAGAUAGAUAUGCUGGAUUUUGUAUUAUUAUUAUUAUUAUUAUUAUUAUUAUUAUUUUAAUGGCGAUGUAUCUUUCUAUCUGGUUUAAACCAUGCUGUACCCCAUCUCGAGCACAGGGAAAUUAUUAUUAUUAUUAUUAUUAUUAUUAUUAUUAUUAUUAUUAUUAUUAUUUUAUUAUGACACAGCAAACAAGAUAGAUAUGCUGGAUUUUGUAUUAUUAUUAUUAUUAUUAUUAUUAUUAUUAUUAUUAUUAUUAUUAUUAUUUUAAUGGCGAUGUAUCUUUCUAUCUGGUUUAAACCAUGCUGUACCCUGUCUCGAGCACAGGGAAAUUAUUAUUAUUAUUAUUAUUAUUAUUAUUAUUAUUAUUAUUAUUAUUAUUUUAUUAUGACACAGCAAACAAGAUAGAUAUGCUGGAUUUUGUAUUAUUAUUAUUAUUGUCAUUAACUGCAUUUCUAUACCGCUUUUCUCACCCCUGGGGGGGACUCAAAGCGGUUUACAACAUAAUAAAUGGCAAAAUUCAA